UACUUUUUUUAUUUGCCUCUUCAAAACCUUGGUGCAUCUUAUACUCCGGUGCGUCUUAUACUCUUAAAAAUACAGUGGUAUGAAAUGUCUUAACCAAAAUAUUGCACAAAAUAUUUAUAUGUCUAAAUACUAUAUAAUUCUGACACAGUUCAGUGUACCUAUUUGAUUUGUUCUUUGGUGAUUCCUAUUUUCUUCUAUGCUCUAAGGCAGGAAUGUCAAACUUGGUCACGUCACAUGACGUAUCGCGACAUAUCUCAAUAGUUUUUGCCUUUGCGGAGCUAGGGUGGGCGUGGCCUGCAUGUGAAACAUCUGGUCCAUGGGCCACCUUCUCUAAGGAAUGCCAGUUUACUAAUUCAUAUAACAAACUUGGAGGUCAAAGUCCUUUGUAGGUGCUUUUCUAAUAAUCUUCAUAAUGUAAAUAUAAUUAAAUUGAGUUGUAUCUGGCUUAAAUAAUUUUAAUCUCUUGGCAGGGUUCUAGAUUUUAUGAAAAUGAACUUAAGAAAGACCAACAGGUUAAUAAACGGAUUGAAAAAAUGCUGAAACUAAAAAGUAAAAUUACAGAACAACAGAUUUUGAAAGCACAAUUGCAGAUGGAUAAACUUGCAAUGGAAUUGGAUCAGAAUCGUGACCUUAGUUGUACUAUUGUACACAUUGACAUGGAUGCCUUUUAUGCAGCUGUAGAAAUGAGAGACAAUCCUGAAUUAAGGGACAAGCCCAUAGCAGUGGGUUCACUGAGUAUGCUGUCCACUUCAAAUUACCAUGCUAGAAGAUAUGGGGUACGUGCAGCUAUGCCUGGAUUUAUUGCAAAGAAACUUUGUCCACAUCUUACUAUAGUACCAUUAAACUUUAAGAAAUAUGAAGAAGUAAGUAAACAGGUAUGUGAUACAUUUGCAUAUAAUUAUCCAGAUUAUUGUGUAACAGAGAAUUGGGUAAUAACUGAGAAACUGUUUGCCUGGGAUUGUACAAUGGAAAAUGCAGACCAAGAUAAUGCCUCUUCUAGAGAAGGGUUACUUCUUAGGAUGGGUCUUAAUGAUAACAAAGCUGGAAUGCAAGGGCUGAAUAAAGAGAAGAUCAACAAAAUCAUAAUGGAAGCCUCCAAGGUUUGUUUAUAUCAGAUUUUAAAAAAUGAACAAAGGCNUGGUUUGGGUUCCACACACUUGGAAAGGGACGGGGAAAGAAAAAGUAUGAGUACAGAAAGGACGUUUAAUGAAAUAAGUGCAUCAGAACAAUACAGGUUAUGUCAAGAACUCUGCAGUGAUCUUGCUCAGGAUUUGACAAAGGAAGGACUUAAAGCUAGAACCAUAACUUUAAAACUGAAGAACGUGAACUUUGAAGUGAAAACAAGAGCUAAUACAGUACUUUGUGCAGUUUCUACUGAAGAUGAAAUAUUUGCUAUUGCUAAAGAUUUACUUAAAUCAGAAAUGGAGAUUGUGGCCCCAGAACCUCUACGUUUAAGAUUAAUGGGUGUAAGAGCAUCAGGUUUUUUAACUGAAGAAGAAAAAAAAUACCAUCAGAAGAGCAUUGUUAAUUUCUUAGGACCAGGAAAACAAGCCUGUGCUUUUAAGAAAGCUGUCAACAUUUUCCCAAAAGCAUCUGAAGGAGAAAGCUUUUUCAAUAAAAAGAGAGCUACACGACAACAAACCAAUCAAGGGAUAUUUUUAAAUGAAUCUUCAAACAAGAAGAGUCUACAAGAUACAAUGUCAACAAUAGCUUCAGGAGAUCAAAGAAAGGAUGAGGAACAUCAGAUCUUUAUUUGCCCUAUUUGCUUUGAGGAGCAGCAAGAUAGCACUUUAGAAACAUUUAAUAGACAUAUUGAUAUGUGCCUUAGUGGAACAAAAGAAAAAGAAAAUGCAGAAAUUAUUGAUAAUAGCAAAUCAUGGAAAAAUGAUCCUCCUGUGGAUAUGGAAAAAAAAGAAGAGAUACAAAUUAAAAUAAGUAAACCACCAGUGAAUGAACAGUCAACCAAUAUAACUGAUUGUGGUUCUGCAAAUAGCAAAGAUGUUUCAUCUAAAUGCCUAGUUCAUAAACAGAAUGAGAAUGGAUGUGGUGCUUCUAAUGCUUCGGUAUCUGAAAUGCAUGCUAAGGAUGAUUUGUUAAUAGAUAAAGAAGCCUUGUUAAUAGAUAAGGAAGAGUCAAAUUGCUCAAGAAGUAAUUUGCAAAGUUUUUCUGGCAUUAAUGAAAAUGUUUUUGUUUGUCCAGUUUGCAACAUAGAACAAAAAACAAAUGAUCUUGCCUUGUUCAAUAGGCACGUGGAUAUUUGUUUAAACAAAGGCAUUAUCGAGCAGUUGACAGAAAAAUCAGAAAUCUUAGAUAGAGGACAAUAUAAUACAAACCUUUCAGCAGGAACAAAAAGAUCUGGAACAAUAGUUCCCCAGUCAACAUCCAAAAAAGUCAAGUCAAGCAAUCCUAAGUGCACCAUAGAAUCAUUUUUCAAAUGAACACAAUGAAUUAUUAAUUAAUUAUUGUUAUGGUACUGAGGUUUAGAAUAAAAUAUGUCACUUGGACCUUAUGUAUUGUGUAUAAAUUAUGUAACUUUAAAGAAUUAUAUAAAAUAUAAUUAUAUAAAGUUAUAGAUUGUAUUACUUAUGUAUAUUGCAUAUAUAUGAUUUUUCAUCAGCUAACCCAUCAUUUUAUUUUGGAUGUGCAACCUCAUAUUUUAAAUAAUGCGUGAAAUGUAUGGAAGUUGACAUUUAAAACUGAUAAGCAUAUUGUUAUUUAUUAAGGAAUGUUAAGCACUUUUAAAAGCCAGUUCUUCUUUGAAUAACAUGAUGGUAAUGGCUGUUAUCUUCACAACUCUUACAUAAGAAGGGAAAGGGAAAAAAUUGAUUUUAUUUAAAAAUUAAUGGUAAUCAUGUGACCUUGGGAUACUGCAACU